AAGCACGGAAGGAUCUCCAUGCUCGCAACAAUGGGCUACAUUACCCCAGAGAUCACUGGAAAGCUCCCAGGCUACUUGUCGCCGUCGGCCGGACUUAAGUUCGCCGACGUGCCCAACGGACUUGCGGCAAUCUCCAAGGUGCCUGCUGCCGGUUGGGGACAGAUCUUGGCCUACAUGGCAUUCUGCGAGGUUUCUCAGGAUCAGUCUCCUGGCACUCCUGCUGCGGCUGGAGACUUUGGCUUCAAGGUCUUGACUUCGUCCGAUCCUGCGGAGAAGAUCAAGAAACUUUCAGCUGAACUUGCCAAUGGCCGUCUUGCGAUGAUGGCCAUCAUCGGGAUGUUCUUUCAGGUGCGAGAUUGAGUCAUAAUAGACAAUCAUUAUGUGGAAUUAGUUCUUGUAGUGUUUAACGAAUCAUUUUAGCCGUCGCUGACACGCUGAUGUCGGUUUUCAAUCAUGUAGCUACGAACAAAGUCCAAUUCCGCAGCUCUUCAUUCUUCUGAAACUUUUUUCAUCUGAAACUAUUUGGUACUCUUCCUCAAGUCUCACUCCCACCCCACCGUUGUGGACGUCCCGCCCCAUGGCGUUCACUGGUGCCGGGGUGGC